GAGGUGGUUAUAAGGCUGUUCUUUAAAAUCUGUAUUAACUUCUUGACCUUGAUUGGAAACAGAACACUAAGCAGAUCUUUUUAAUGAUAGGUCUAGCUGCACCAGCUUUUAUAGGCUUUGCUUCUGUUACAGCACAGAGAUGGGAGAAGAAAUAAGUAGUGACUGCAUGAGAAAAUGAAAACAAAGUUCAUGAUGUGUUUGUCUGAGCUGUCACACAGUUACAGUUUGCUGAGGAGCUCAGUUUUCUGCCUGAGGCCAACUGACACAUUGGAAUUGAAAUGUCUUUGUCUCCAGCAGCUUUCUAGUACACAGCUGUUGAUUUUGAUAAAACGAGUUACUGUAUGAAAACCAGUAGUUUAUUGAAUAAUAAUAUUAGACAAAUAGAAAUCUGCAAAUCUGACUUCGUAGAAACUGAAGAGUAUUUCCCCUACAAGUUCCAUUUGAGUUUUCUAUAAAGCCCUCACCUUCUUCCAUAAUGUACCAGUUGUGUAUUGUAUCUAACACUAACACUAACACUCUCUUUGGUUUUAAUGUUGCAGCCCCUCAUCUUUUUAGGGAAUACUACAGGAGCCCAAAAAAAUGCGCAGAAGUGUAACCUUAUCCCUCCCAGUCAGACUCUGUCAGUAGGAACAAAGGUCAGAUCUGUAGCACAAUGCACAGACAACUGUGGGUGUUUGCACUGCUAAUCAGAACCAUCAGAUUAUACAUGACACACACACGCGCAGUGUUCUGCCUCUAGAGAUUUGGAAACAUUUUUGAUGUUUUUUAGGCGCCGGUGACUGAAGUUCAGUGGAUGUGGGUGACUGUAGUAUUGGCUGACGGACCGUGUAAACGCGGCUUGUAAAAAGAUCCCACCGUGGUUGGUUUCAGUGUAUAGAGAGGAGCCUGUGCAGCUCUCCGGGCUCCUCAGCCAUGGCUCUUCUGGCCUACCUGAAGAGUCUGUUCAUCCUGCAGCUGCUGAUGGGCUUCGUGUUUGUGGUGAGCGGUCUCAUCAUAAACUUCAUCCAGCUUUGCACCUGCAUUAUCUGGCCAUUCAACAAACAGCUGUACCGCAGAAUCAACUGCCGGCUCUCCUACUCUCUUUGGAGUCAGCUGGUAAUGAUGCUGGAGUGGUGGUCAGGCACAGAAUGCACCCUAUACACUGACCAGGCUACGGUGGACAAAUUUGGCAAAGAGCAUGUCAUCAUCAUCCUCAACCACAACUUUGAGAUUGAUUUUCUAUGUGGCUGGACUAUGUGUGAACGAUUUGGAGUCUUAGGGAGUUCUAAGGUUCUAGCCAAACAUGAGCUACUGAAGGUUCCUUUGAUUGGCUGGACCUGGUACUUCUUAGAAAUAGUUUUCUGCAAAAGGAGGUGGGAAGAAGACCGAAAUACUGUCUUCAGAGGAUUGGAGAGGCUGAAAGACUACCCUGAAUAUAUGUGGUUCCUUCUGUAUUGUGAAGGCACCCGCUUCACUGAAAAGAAGCACCAAAUCAGUAUGGAGGUUGCACAGAGUAAAGGCCUGCCUAUGCUCAAAUACCACCUACUGCCCCGAACCAAAGGAUUCACAACCACACUGCAGUGUCUUAAGGGCACAGUAACCGCUGUAUAUGAUGUGACUCUCAACUUCCAAGACAAACAAACUCCCACACUGCUGGGCAUUGUCAAUGGGAAGAAAUACAAAGCAGACAUGUCUGUAAGGCGCUUCUCUGUGAAGGACAUACCAGAAGAUGAGCAGGAGUGUGCCAACUGGCUGCACAAGCUUUACCAGGAGAAGGAUGCUUUACAGGAGCUCUACAACAAGGAAGGCAAGUUCCCUGGACCCACAAUAAUUCCUCGUCGGCGACUAUGGACAUUGCUGAAUUUUUUGUUUUGGGCCACUCUGCUGCUCUCACCCCUCAUCAACUUUGCUUGUGGAGUGGUGGUUAGCGGCUCCCCCCUCCUCAUCAUUGGCUUCAUCCUCUUUCUUAUCAUCGCCUCCGUAGCUAUCCGCCGCCUCAUAGGUGUCACUGAGGUGAAGAAGACUGGCUCCAGUUAUGGCAACAAAGAGGCCAAGAAACAAAACUAAAGCGUGUCGCCCCUCCUCCUGUCCUGUGUACGGCCAUAUCUGUGCAGUCGCCGUGCGGUGUCUCACCCCUCCCCAACUCCAUUCUUCUCCUACUGUUGAGUCGGUUAGUAGGCUGGAGCAGAUGCCAAGUUGUGAAAAGACUAUAACGACCAGAGAGAGAAAUUUUAGUGGCCCUAGACAGACCGAGAGAGCAUGGAAGGUAUGGAGUCCAAGCCCUCUGGUGUAACACACAACAUACAGAGGAGAUGGAGUUCUGUAUUUCCUUGCAUCUUUUUUAAUCCAACUAGUCUGAUCAAGCCCCAUUUAAUCCCAGUAACACCUGAGGUUAAGCUCCUAACCUGUCUGAGGUCACACAGACGGCUAGUCAGCCCAUUUCCUGCUCUGCACUUCACUUCCUGUCACAGUCACCAGCCAAUGACAUGCUCAUGCUUGCAGAUCACAAACCAAUUUGUAUCAGAUCUUAAUCUUCGUUCUCCAUCUACGAGCGGGAUCAAUACAACAUUCUAUAACACGCAGGAUGUCUCACACACAUUUUCACAGAGUGGGACUUGUAAUGGGAACUGGUGCUUGGUGUCCUUAACCCUAAAGAGUCAAUUCACCAAAAUCAAAUCGCAAGACAUUUACCCUUUAACCUGGUUUUGUACGCUUAAUGUUGGGGAUAUUUGACACAUAGAUUUCCAAAGUAAAAAAGCAACUAUGCCAAGAACAAUUAUAUGAAUAAAACCAAGUUGCUAGUGGUGAUCACACCAGAAGCGAUCUCAGUUCCUAUGUAUAUUUACUGUUUUCGUGUAGUACAAGGUGCCCAUUUUAACAUUGUUUCUACUUUGGGGAUUCAUUUUAGUACCACAAAUGGGAGUCAAAUUAAACCCAGCGGACAUUUUGAAAUCUAAACUUCACUUUAUUUCCAGGGUUAGAUAACACAAGGGUAAUUGGGUAAAUUACUGUAUUAUUCUGAUCUAGGUGAGCCGGCUUGUUAACAUUAUGUUUUGGAAGCUGGUGUCCGUUUACAACAAAGGGCUCUGAAUGUGAAAACUGUCCUUAUCAAGGUUACCGCCCAUCUGUUACAGGUCUCAUUGUAGCCCACAGCACACGUUCCCACAGAUCCAUCCUCAUUCACCUUCUCCAGCCUCCAGUUGUUUUCAUGUAAAAGCAUAAUUGGACCAUCUCUGUAUCCAGGCGUGGUGUCCAUCCGUCUUCACGUAGCAGCUGUUGGCACGUGUUUUAUGUUUUUCAAGAUCUGGGCUGUAGUAGUGAUGUUUUAACCUUUGCCUUAACUCUAGCUUGCUCAGGCAAGGGAUUGCUUAUUCGCCACCAUGUUGAGACAACACCCAACACUUAGCUCUGAUGUUUGGAAUACUCCCUUUCCUUCCACUACAGCGUCGCAUUGGAGUAGGGAGCAGUCAUUUGCUUUAAAUUUCCAAAGGGAAUGUGUAAUUAAAAUCCCUUUCUCAGUCUUUGUAGUGGAAAGAUUGUGGUUCAUUGAAGGUGUCCCUUAUAAUGUGCUGAUGCCGUUACGCACUUUAGAGUCAGUCAUCCCAGCCGCGUUUGGAUCUCCUCCAGUUUGACCUUCUCUCUCUUUCCCUCUGCCCUCCCGUGCCACGUCGUAUACAUCCCAUUAUUUUGUUUUUUGCCGUCAUCACUCCACAUCAGCGGAUAUUUUACGUACUUUUUUCUUUCCUGUAGCGUUUGUUCAACUCGAUCAGAAUUCAUGCAAGCCUUAAUAGACAGUGCUGCUUAUUUUUUGUGUGAACAAUGUAGAAGCUAACUGAGCCCCUGUUGUAGUGAAGGAUGCAAAAUGUAAAAUUGUCCUCCAGUGCAACAAGCAAGUUGCUGGGAUUAGUUGCCAAGUAGCUUGUUGUAAAUACUUAAUCUGCAAAGCAAUGAGUAUUGGUUAAAGUGAGCUUUUGUGCGUCACAAACUGUUUGCAGUCAGUCCAUGUUUUUUACACCGAGAUACUUUGAGUUGCGUCACGUCCAAUGUUUGUGUAAAGCUUGCAGAUUGUAGCCUGUUACCGUUUUGUUUUCAAAGACCCCCUUGUUGUCUUUAAAUUCCGUUAUGCAGCAUCACAUACAGGUGCAAUUCAGUCUAGCCAGUCAUUCAGUAAAUUCUCUUUCCCAAAGCAAGAUCCUGAAAUUUUCAGGAUAGUAUUUAAAAGAACAUUGGACUUUUAUUCAUUAAAAAAAGAACUAACUUGUGAUUAUUGUUGUUUUUUUUAAUUUACUGGAUUUAACCAACAUCACUUUUUUUUCUCCCAAAUCUCGAAGCUAAAUCCAUUUUGACACCUCUCACAUCAGCUCAUGUUUUCCAAAGUUCUUAUGUUUUCUUCACUUAAACCACUUGAAUAUUAAAGAAUUUAAUCACAAA